AUGGGGGUUGUAUCAAGAAACUUUGUCAUUCUUCGUUAUAAACAAAGGCGACCAGGGUGGUGGAGACGAAUUCUCCGUGUUGGUAUCAAACCCCUAAUUAGAAUGGAAUCUGUACAGAAACCGUCCAACAGCACUGCUACUGAGAGGAUUAACAGUGCCUUAGCUACACUCAGGAGCGAUAUGCUUGACCUCAGACAACAAGAUAUCCAGCUGAUGCAGCAGCUUAUGUCGAUCAACGAAAACAUACAGACGCUGACCAAACGAAGGCCUAACUCUGGAAGGCAACGAAAAACGAAAUACACGAUUAACAGACGACAAAAAUUCAUCAACCGAAGUGAAUCGAUUCCAGAAGAGGAUUCUAGUUCGGCAGACUCUGACAGUGAUGAAAGCCUGACCGGUAUUGAAAAUUAG